AUGAAGCGAUGUGGGGUGGAGGGGGAGGAGGGGCCAGGGGUGGAGUCUGGGGAUGGGGAGGCGGAGCCGGACAGUUACUGGAAGAGGAAGGAGGUGUUCACCAGAGGAAGCACCGUGUCACUGGCCGUGGGAGAGAGGUUCUCCUCAGACGUGGUGUUGGUGUUCAGCGGUCGGCGGCGCUCAGGUGUAAUACCUGACUCUGAACUACAGGAGGCGCUCCGUACCAGACUCAGGGUCGUCGAGAGCAACAGUCAGGACGUCAUCCAGCUCUUCAAGGACCUGUCUGCCCGUCUGCUGUCUGUCCACGCUGAGAAGGACAGCUUUGUCAUCACCUUCAAGACUGUAGAGGAGAUCUGGAAGUUCUCUACCUACCUGGCUCUAGGUUAUGUGGCGCGGUGCCUGGAGAAUUUCCUGUGUGACCAGUCAUUCUGGCUGGACACUGAGCUGCUGAGGGACCUGGAGAUCACUGUGACUGUAGAUGAGGAACACCUGGCCACACUCUACCUGGGACUGCUGCUGCAGGAGGGUUUGUUCUUUGCCAAGGCGCUGGUGAGCAGUUGCGAGCAUAGUGAGGAGGAGGAGGAGUUGUGUUUCAGACGUAACGACUUGCUGAUGGUUAGAGACACGGGGCAGGACAGUCACUGGGAGGGCACCCUUCUCUCCACCGGGCAACACGGACUAGUGCCUGUCAACACCAUGCAGCCGCUGCCAUACCCCUUCUACCAGUGGUUCCUGAGGAAGUACCCUGGCUGUGCCGGAUGCUCCCCUUCAGACAGAGGACAGUUUAACCCUAACCCCAAACCUUACCCUUCAGAAACAGAACAGUUUGACCACCCUAUAGUAACUGGUUCCUGUGAGGCUGUAGUUGACCAUAACACAGUAGGUUCUGAUGAGCUCCAGCUGAGUCGAGGUGACCUGAUUGAGAUACAGGGGAUGCUACUCCGAGGUCUUGACCUGUUCAUAGGAACACACUGCUCUACAGGACACACCGGCUUUGUACACAAGGCUCACGUCAAGCCACUCAACGUCAAACCACUAGAUGGACAACUUGUGUUUCUGAGUGAGGAGGAGCGUGCGUCUCUGUCCCAGGUUAACCCCUGCAGUACUGAACCCAUAGACAGCGGCUUGCUAGAGAGGCUCUUCUCCUCUGACAUCAGUGCUGUCUACAGACUUGAUAGACUGGAUCAGUCUGACUUUACGUACAUCAGAAACCAACCUAAACAAGAGCAUAAGCCCCACGCCAGCGCCCGGCAGUCCAUCAUCUCAGAGAAGAGCGACGCUACACCCCCCUACCACUCCUCCCCCCGCCCCUCCCUCUCUCACUCCUCGCCCCGCCCCUCCUUCUACGCCUCCCAGAAUGCUUUAGGGCGUGGCGGUGACGGGGAGCUGCUGUCCUUCAGUCUGGACGACACCUUCAGAGCGAUGAACGAGUUCCAGGAAGACCCGCCCCUUUUCCUGGAGGAGGGGAGCUGGGAGGUGGAGGAGUCGGAGGUCUGUGACCCAACCUUGACCCUGCUCAACGUGCAUCACUUUCAGGAGGACUUCCUGCCCCUGUAUGACCUCCACCACUCCUUCCUGUGGCUGACGUUCUCAGGACAGAGUGAGGAGGAGUUACUGGGCCACCUGGAGAUUGUCAGGGAAGGGGCCAAGAGAACGGGCAUGGCCUGGGCACAACGACGGGCAUGCUUCCUACUGGGGAGGCUCUGCGCCAAGAAGCUCAAGUACUCCCAGGCCCGUGUGUAUUACGAGGAAGCACUUGGCAUCUCUGUCGACGGUUUCUCUGACCUCCCUCUCCUCAUCGCCCUGUACAUCAACCUCACAGCCGUCUACCUCAAACAGAAGAUGGCCGACAAGCUGCCCCCGACCCUGGAGAAGGCCAGUGCUUUGCUUCUCUGCCUCCCCAGCCACACCUUCACCUCCCUGGAUGAGUUUGAGCUGCUGAAGCUGGUGCUGCAGAGGUCUGUGGUGGAGGGGGACAAACACCUGGAGGCACGGGCCUGCUACCUCACCGCCAGCCUCUUCCUCCUCCUUAGAAAGAUAGAGGACGCCUUGCCCUUCGUGGAGCGUCUCCAGUUCCUCACCGUUACCCUGUCUGCUGAGGAGGGACGCCCCAUUACCCCCCUGGACCUCAACUGGCUCCUGUCCCGGCUCUACCACCGUAAAUACAUGCCCUACCUGGCCCUGGCAUCACUCAGCCUGGACUCUGGACAGGACCACUCACUACAGGACGCCUUCCACAGGAUAGAACUGUUCAGCAGGAACUCGGUGCGUUUGAACCCGAGAUGGAAAGAGGGGACGUCUCUUCUCCCGGCCCAGAUUGUGGUGUACCUGCAGCAGGCUCUGGCCAUUGCGGAGCGGGGUGAGGACCUUAAGACCCAGAGAGACCUGUGUCUGGGCCUGGCCUGUGUGUACCAGCAACACGGGGCCCUGGAGAAGGCCCUGCCCUGUGCCCAGCAGGCUGUACAGACUGGGGGUGGUAUCAACGAGGAGGAGGGGUUUGAGGCUUCAGUACUGCUGGGAUGGUUGUUAGUCCUGACAGGACAGCCUGAGAGGGCACAUAACACCCUGCAGCCACUACUACAGUCUCUACAGGGAACCGAUAGCCCGACCCAGAGGGGAGUGAUCCACAACCUACUGGCUCUGUGUCUGCGGCGGCAGGGUCGCGUCCCCGAGGCCGGCAGCCACCUCCACCACGCCCUCACCAUCUCCAGGGAGAGUGGCAACCAAAGGAACCAGGCCCUGGCCCUCGCCAACCUAGGCUGCCUGGCACUGUACGUGGGGGCACCCACACUGGCAGAACGAUUCCUAUUCAGGUCACUGUGGUUGUUCCUGGAGAUCUGGGAGAGUCCCGUUGACGAGGAGCACGUCCAGACCUACCUAUGGCUGGGGCGGAGCUACAAGGACAGGGGGAGGAGCCAGGACGUCAGGCUGUGCUAUGAGAUGGGCCUCCUCAUCUCCCUCCAGGCCAGGAACCUACCCAGUCAGAUGGUGGUGGCUAAAGUCCUGAGUCGUCACUAUGGUGAUGUGCUGCUGUAUGGGCAGAGUAUCCUCUACUAUGAGCACUGUGUGUCUGUGUCCAGGGACCUGAACGACAAGAGACUAGAGGGAGAAUAUCUAGAGAUCCUCAGCAGCCUCUACCUCUCCCUCAAUACUGAGAAAUCAUCAAGGAAAUCUCUGGACUACAGUAAGCAGAGUCUGCGUAUCUCCAUCGACCUGGGGAAGAAAGAGGAGGAGUCAGAGACCUGGCUUCAGGUGGGGCGCAUCUACUAUCUCAUCCACGAAGACGAACUGGCUGACAUGUACCUACAGGCAGCAGUGAAGACAGCCCUGAGGAUGAACGACCCUCGCUUUUCCAUGAAUAUCUAUGAGGAGGCAGGAGACGUCUUCUUCAAAGGCCACAGGAACAGACUGGCAUCACUGCCCUUCUACAGGGACGGCAGUCUCCCGUUUGCUCGAAGCAUCCGUGACGUCGACUCAGAGUUCAGACUGCUGAGUAAACUGACUGAACUACUGAUGACCCAGGAAGAACAUGAAGAGGCUCUACAGUACGCCAUUCUGGCUGUACAGAUCAGUACCAAAACAGGUGUGGUUGUGAACGAGCGGGCAGCGUACCACCGUCUGGCUACAGUGUACUACAGUCUGGAGCAGUAUGAGAUGACAGAGAACUACUACCUCAAGUCUCUGUCUCUCAGCCCUGCUGUACUGCAGCACCCCCUGGAGGCUAGAUACUACACCAAGCUGUACUGCAGGCUGGGGGACAUGACGCUGUACAAACGAAAGGAUGCCUAUGACUCGGUGGGCUACUACCAGCUGGCUCAGGCUGCUGCCCUGGAGGACCGUGCCAACCCACAGGCACUGUAUGUGGUCUACAUGAAGCUGGCAGAGAUCCAUGCCAACCACAUGCCAGACCCACUGCUCUGCCAGGCUUACAGGGACAGGGCACAGAGCCUGAGGAGAGAACUCUCUGGGCUGGGCGAGACGGAUGGGAGGGGAGGAGAGAUGGUCGUUUUAGACACAGCUACCAGCACAGCUAACAGCUCAGCUAACAGCACAGCUAACAACACAGCUACCAGCUCAGCUAACAGCACAGCUAACAACACAGCUACCAGCUCAGCUAACAGCACAGCUAACAACACAGCUAACAGCUCAGCUAACAGCACAGCUAACAACACAGCUACCAGCUCAGCUAACAGCUCAGCAAACAACACGGCUAACAACACAGCUACCAGCUCAGCUACCAGCUCAGCUAACAACACAGCUUUCAACUCAGACAACAACACAGCUAAUAGCUCAGCAAACAGCUCAGCUAACAACACAGCUUUCAGCUCAGACAACAACACAGCUAAUAGCUCAGCAAACAGCUCAGCUAACAGCACAGCUUUCAGCUCAGACAACAACACAGCUAACAGCUCAGCUAACAACACAGCUAACAGCUCAGCUAACAGCACAGCUAACAGCACAGCUUUCAUCUCAGACAACAACACAGCUAACAGUUCAGCUAACAGCACAGCUAACAGCACAGCUAACAACUCAGCUAACAGCACAGCUAUCAGCUCAGCUAACAACACAGCUAACAGGACAGCUAACGGCACAGCUAACAGCACAGCUAACAACACAGCUAACAGCUCAGCUAACAACACAGCUAACAGCUCAGCUAACAGCACAGCUUUCACCUCAGACAACAACACAGCUAACAGCUCAGCUAACAGCACAGCUAACAGCACAGCUAACAACUCAGCUAACAGCACAGCUAACAAUUCAGCUAACAGCACAGCUAACAACACAGCUAACAGCACAGCUAACAACACAGCUAACAGCUCAGCUAACAGCACAGCUAACAGCACAGCUUUCAGCUCAGACAACAACACAGCUAACAGCUCAGCUAACAGCACAGCUAACAGCACAGCUAACAAUUCAGCUAACAGCACAGCUAACAACACAGCUAACAGCACAGCUAACAACACAGCUAUCAGCUCAGACAACAACACAGCUAACAGCACAGCUAACAACACAGCUAUCAGCUCAGACAACAACUCAGCUAACAGCUCAGCUAACAGCACAGCUAACAGCACAGCUAACAGCACAGCUAACAACACAGCUAACAGCACAGCUAACAACACAGCUAUCAGCUCAGACAACAACACAGCUACCAGCUGGGCUAACAACACAGCUAACAGCUCAGCUAACAACACAGCUAACAACACAGCUAUCAGCUCAGCUAACAGCACAGCUAACAUGACAUUUAACAGCACAGCUAUUGUAUCUCAAUAG